GGCGGCAGCGGGCCGGCAGGAUGGAGGCUGCCUUGCUGAAGCCGGCGAUGAUGGCGGAGGUGAAGGGGAGCGGCGCCGGCUCUGCCGUUAGCGCCGAGCUGGAGGUGAAGAAGCUGCAGGAGCUGGUGCGGAAGCUGGAGAAGCAGAACGAACAGCUCCGGAGCCGCGCCGCCGCCGCCGCGGUGGCCACCGGCCCGCCCAGCCCGCACCUGCUGCUGGCCCCGCCGCCGGCCUCGGGCGGGCUGCGCCCCGCCAGCCCCGCCGCGGGCCCGCCGUGCAUGCCCAGCCCGGUGCCCACCCUGCUGUGCCCGCCGGAGCCCCUCGCCUACUUCAAGCCCUCGGCCGGGCCGCCGGCCGCUGGCGGCGGGCAGGAAGGCGGCGGCGGUACGGGGGCGGCGACCACGGUGCUGGACGAGGUGGCGGUGCUGGAGCUUGAGGACGGCUGCGGAGAGGACGAGGAUACAUGGUUGUACGUCUUGCCUACCAAGACUCACGCUACUCAAGAGAAAUCACUGACUCCUUUGCAGUGGUGCAGACGUGUUCUGGAUCAUCCAACUCCUGAGAUAGAAGCUGCAAAACGUUCCCUAUGCUUUAGAUUGGAGCAAGGGUACAUUUCUAGGAGUUCCCCUUUGAGUCCACAGUCAUCGAUAGACAGUGAACUGAGCACUUCGGAGCUGGAGGAUGAUUCCAUCUCCAUGGGAUACAAGCUGCAGGACCUCACUGAUGUUCAGAUCAUGGCUCGUCUACAGGAGGAGAGCCUUAGGCAAGAUUAUGCUUCAACUUCAGCAUCUGUGUCAAGGCACACUUCCAGUGUUUCUCUGAAUACGGGAAAAAAAGGGACAUGCAGUGACCAGGAGUAUGAUCGCUAUAGUCUUGAGGAUGAGGAAGAGUUUGACCACCUCCCACCUCCACAGCCACGUCUGACUCGCUGCUCCCCCUUCCAGAGAGGGAUUCCUCACUCACAGACUUUCUCCAGUAUCCGGGACUGCAGGAGGAGCCCUACUUCCCCACAAUUCCCUACAAAUACCUAUCAGCAGCCCUUCUACUCUCCUCAAGCCCAAACUCCAGAGCAGCAACCAAAUAGGAUUAAUGGAGACAAACUCCGCAGAAGCAUGCCUAACCUUGCUCGGAUGCCAAGCACCCCCACCAUCAGCAGUACUGCUGGCUUUGCUGGUUCUCCUGUCACUGUGAGGAAUAGUCAGAGCUUUGACUCCAAUUUGCAUGGAGCCAGUAAUGGGAUUUCAAGGAUGCAGUCAUGUAUUCCAUCACCAGGACAGCUUCAACACCGAGUUCACAGUGUGGGACAUUUUCCAGUGUCUGUCAGACAGCCUCUCAAAGCUACUGCCUAUGUAAGCCCAACUGUACAAGGGAGUAGUACCAGUAGCAGUAUUCCAGUGUCCAGCAACUCACAGCUAUACUCCAACACUGGGAUCCCAAUGCCAAACAAGACUGCUGGUCAAGGCAUCGUAGGACGCAGUGCUCUUCCAAGACCAUCGCUGGCCGUCAAUGGGAGUGGCAUUCCCAGAAGUAAAAUUGCACAGCCAGUUCGAAGUUUCCUUCAGCCUCCAAAGCCACUGUCAUCACUGAGCACGAUACGAGAUGGGAACUGGAGAGACGGCUGCUAUUGAUGAAGGAUGCCCCUCAACAGUGGAGAACACAUAAUGUGGAUUUCAUUACCCAGCUGGCUGGGUAACAAUGAUUUGGAAAAGGAGGGUCAUACAGUAUUAUUUUCCACUGGAUCUUAAUGUGUAACCAUCUAAAAUGCCAUGUCAUUUUUAAAAAAUGAACAUCUUGUCAAAUACUAAAUAUUGCACUUAAUCAGUUACCUGAACAGCUGCAUUGUUAUCAGACUAACAAUGGCAGUGUUGGCAUUUGGAACUGAAGAAAGUAUUAUAUGUGUGCAAAAUACAAGAAUAUUUCCUUGGAACGAGCUAGGAGAUUUUGCUUUUGGGCAGCUUUGCCGUACUGAAGUUCUGAGAUAAUUUAUUCAGUGUAAAGGCAUCACACAUUUUAUUUUGAAUUUUGGGGUACUUAAGUAUGUGCUUGAAUUUUUUUCUAGUGUUUUCAGUACAUUUUAUUUUGUAUACUUAAGUUCAUUUAAACUUGCCUGGACCUUGAACUACAGAGAGAUAAUUUAACUUUUUCUGUGCCAUAAAUGAUAUUUUUGGGGUAAUGUACUUUUUUAGUGCUAGAAACAUAUCUUACAAAUUCUUACCAAUUGGCAAUACAAAGCAGUAUAUUUAUGUUGCAGAAGCACAAAAAAAAAUGGUAGCAUUCACUGGAAAUUGCCAUCCAGCUGGGUCAGCAUGGUUUAGUUGGUCUAUCACCAUUUGUUGAAUUGUUAAUUUAUUGUCAUAGUGUUUUGUAUUUAAAUGGCAGCAUAAAUCACAUUGCACUUACAAAGGUACAGUGAUCUCUAAAACUACUGUUGAUUUUCAGUACUUUAUUACAAAGAAUAAAAUUGUAAUGUUUUAUUAACAGUUGCUUAUGGAAAAUGAGUUUUAAUGCAAAUAAAUCUUUUUGAUAGAUCUUUUACAAAAUCCAGUUGCACUAAUCAAUGCUUUCUUAUAAUGGCAUAUGACUUAAUAUUUGAUUACAACUGUGUAUACUGCUGUUUUGGAAUGUUUCAGGAAAUAAAGAAUCUAUUUCAGCAAUAA